AUGCCAAAGCUGGGUAAGUUCUUAAAAGAUGCUAUUCUGAACAGGACAAACGAACUUCAAGGUAUGGUGGUAUUGAGCCAUAAGUGCAGUGCCAUUAUUCAGAGAAAGUCAAUUCUAAGGAAGUUAGCUGAUCCAGGGAGCUUUACACUCCCUUGUGCUAUAGGUCCUCUGAUGUUUGCUGGAUGUCUCUGUGACUUGGGUGCAUCAGUAAGCUUAAUGCCCUUCUCCAUUGCCAGAAAGCUGGGCUUUAGAACUUUUAAGCCAGCAAGAAUCUCCCUUGUCCUUGCUGAUAGAUCUGUGAGGUUACCUAUUGGAAUGCUAGAGGAUCUGCCAGUAAAGAUAGGUGGUUUUGAAGUGCCUACAGACUUUGUGGUGCUAGAGAUGGAUGAGGAACCAGUUGACCCUCUUACUUUAGGCAGGCCUUUCUUGGCCACAGCAGGAGCAAUUAUUGACGUAAGAGGAGGCAUAAUUGAGCUUCAACUUGGUUCUGAAAGGCUGAAGUUUGAUGUUAAUGAAAUGAUGAAGAAGCCAACAAUAGAAGGGCAAGUCUUCUAUGUUGAGACCAUGGAUGAGCUUGCUGAUGAGCUUUUAGAGGAGUUAAACACAGAAGAUCAUAUUUAG